CAGACAACCGCAGCGCCGAUCAGUACGUUUUGAGUUGUGCUUCGCGACGGUUGCUGAUCUUUCUCAAGUGCUCCAACGAAUACGAAAUAUGCACGAAUCUGCCCAAUUGAGCAUCUAAGCGAAUAAAACCUAAAAAAUUGAGUGACAAACCAAGCGAUAAUUGUGAUUAAUAGCAACAACAAUAACGAGAUACGAACAAAAAUUAAAUAACAAUUAAUAUACAUACAUACAUAAGCAACUGCAACAUUAUUCAUUCCACAAAGUCAGUGAUUACCUCAUCUGUGUGAAAAUCAAGCUAACAAAAUGGUAUCAAAAAGCAAUAAAACAAAACAAGUGUCGCAGGCAUCGAAGUCGCAGUCGCAGUCGCAGUCGUCGUCGCAGUCGCCGUCGCAGCAACCGCCGCUAGACACAUCAAGCACAACCACAUCGGCGUCGGCCUCAGCGACGAAAUUGACCAAAAAACUGGGACCGAAUGCGACGGCAACAUUAACAACUAACACCAGCUCGACGUCAAUGGAGCAUGAAUCUGUCUCGUACGGUGGGGCGCCUGCCACCAGCAGCAGCAGCACCCCCGCCGCCAUCAAGGUGCAGCGGGAAGGUGAAAGUCUGCUGGCAGCCGGUGGGACAAGCUACAGUUCGUACAAGGCGAAAAGUCAAACGCAAUCACAGUCCAAGCAGUCGGAGCUAUUUAGCAGCAGCAGCACGAGCAGUGCCAAAAUCUCCAAGGAUUACUCAAACGAGAAGAUCAUCUCGUCAAUUGAUCUGCUGGAGAGUGAGAAAAAGGAACCGGUCUUCUCGGUGCCCAUUGAGGUGGUCGAAAUCACAACUCCUGGCAUUAUAACGUCCGCCAGCGCUGGCAGCAUAUCCAAAAUGUAUGCGUCCACAUCAAAAAUGUCCAGUAGCCGCCAGGAGGCAAGCAGCUCCAGUUACUUCGAGUCCACAACCAGUUCCAGCCAACAGCGCAGCGAUGCCAGCGAAACGCUCAUUGCAAGCGAGAGAGCCGCUACCGGUAUGACAUCAUCCCAGCAGUCGUCGAGCAGUAAAUAUGUUGAUGUGGCCGAACAGGUUGUCACAGAUAGCACCAACACCAACACAAACACAAACAUCACCAAUACCAACACAAACAUAACCAACACGAGCACCAGCGAAUCUCAGAGCGUGCCAAAGUCGAAGCUGCGAACAGCUGUGGGUGUCUCCGCGGAUUCGUCAUCGACAACGAUGACGUCGCGCGAACCGGUCGCGACCACAACAAACGGCACGACGUCAUCAACUAAAUUGAAUGCCUCGCUCGAUAAGCUGGCCAGCAGCACAACAGCUGUUAGCUUCGAUGUGGACAGAGCAACGUCAUCGUCGACCAAGUCCAGUAGCAAGCAGGUCAGCAGCGAGGAGAGCACACUGAAGCGCAGCAGCACAAAGCAGUCGACGUCUGCCUCCAAAAAGGAGGUGUACGAUGUGAAGACGAAGACCUGGAGCGAGUAUAGCGAUGGCGGCACGGUUGCCAGCAACAAGAAGGUGCCCACGUUUGAGCGUUAUGUGAGCAAGGAUUCCGAUGGCACCACCCAAAUAACGUAUAAGAAGAAGAUAUAUGACAAGCGCAACAAUCGAUGGCGCGUGGUGGAUGAACGGACCGUGGAUAGCGUCAACGAUGUGGGCUAUCCCGAAAUAGUUGAUGAUGUCAUCAAUACAACAACCACAACAUACACGACCAAGGUGUACGACACAAAGCUUGGAAAAUGGACAAUCGUGGACGAGAAAUCGUACACUGAUACGAAAGCUUUUGUGCCCAAUGACAUUGCCCGCGAAAUCGAGAAAGAUAAUACCGAUGUGGCCAACAUAACGACCACCACAGAGGUGACAAAGAUAUUUGAUGCGAGCAUUAAUGAUUGGCGUGUGCUGGACGAGAAGGUGCACACGGAUGUCAUUGAGAAAAUUGUGGAGACACCCAAGAAGACCAUAUAUGUGGAUGAGUUUGUCGAAAUUGAGAAGAAUACAUCAAUAUCGGAGAACAAUGAGAAUAUUACGCUGAAUCUGAACGAGACAUCGAAACACAAAAAUAUUACCGAGAAUAUUUAUGAUGAAAUCGAUUAUGUGCGCACCGAUAAGAAACGCUUAGACGAUUCAAGAACCCGUGGAGUCGAUAAAAACAAGAAAACAACAACACACAGUGAGAGGUGCAUCUGUGAAAUAUGUACUUGCGGGCGUCAUCAUUGCUCUACCAGCACAACGAAAUCUACAGAAAAUACAAUUGUUGAAAUAGAUGAUAACGUCGACGAAAGUUUUACAAGGAUACGUACUAACACAUGGUCUAAGAAAGACGAUAACAUUCCUAAGAAAACCGAAGACAUAUUUGUAGAUUAUAUAGUGAUAAAAAAACCAGAAGACAAUCUAAAACCCGAAGGAGAGUUUUUAGUUCCACAAAAAGAGCCUUACAAGCCCGGCGAAAGACGCGAAAAAAUUAUACACACAGAUAAUCUACGUAUGGAUGGAGAAAUGACAUUUGUCGAAAAAGAGGAAUAUCAAUACGUCACACGUCCUGGAUACGUUAAACCUACAGACAAUCUGAAGCCAGAGGGCGAAUUUUUCAGUCCUGAAAAGCCUAAAUAUCAGCCGGGAGAUCGCCCAAGCCAAGUGCGACACGCGGACAACUUAAAGCCGGAAGGGGACUUUUAUAGUCCAGAAAAAACCGAAUUCCGCCCUGCUGAGCGUCCAUCGCAAGUCAGGCCAGAAGAUAAUUUAAAGCCCGAAGGCGAAUUUUACACUCCAGAUAAGCCUGGAUAUAAACCCGCUGAACGGCCAACUCAAAAGAAACCUGUGGACAAUCUUAAGCCUGAGGGCGAGUUCGUUACACCUGAAAAACAAGUUUUCCGGCCAGCUGAGAAAACGGAAAGGGUGAUCAGAAAAGAUAACCUGCGAACCGAAGGGGAAAUGACAUUUGUGGAGAAGGAAGAGUAUCAGUAUGUGGUUCGUCCUGAGCAGGUUAAGCCGACAGAUAAUCUUAAGCCUGAAGGUGAAUUCUACAGUCCAGAUAAGCCGAAGUUUCGUCCUGGUGAGCGUCCAUCUCAAGUCAGACCAGAGGAUAACCUGAAACCAGAGGGCGAGUUCUACACUCCGGAUAAACCUGGAUAUAGACCAGCCGAACGUCCAGAGCAGGUUAGGCCUACGGAUAAUCUUAAGCCUGAAGGCGAAUUCUACAGUCCCGAAAAGCCAAAGUACCGCCCAGGUGAGCGUCCAUCUCAAGUCAGACCAGAGGAUAACUUGAAACCAGAGGGCGAGUUCUACACCCCCGAUAAACCUGGAUACCGUCCCGCAGAGCGGCCAGUUCAAAAGAGACCUGUGGACAAUCUUAAGCCUGAGGGCGAGUUUGUUGCACCUGAAAAACAAGUGUUCCGGCCAGCUGAGAAAACGGAAAGGGUUAUCAGAAAAGAUAACUUACGUACCGAAGGGGAAAUGACAUUUGUGGAGAAGGAAGAGUAUCAGUAUGUGGUUCGUCCUGAACAGGUUAAGCCGACAGAUAAUCUUAAGCCUGAAGGUGAAUUCUACAGUCCAGAAAAGCCGAAGUUUCGCCCUGGUGAGCGUCCAUCGCAAGUCAGACCAGAGGAUAACCUGAAACCUGAGGGCGAUUUCUACACUCCCGAUAAGCCUGGAUACAGGCCAGCCGAACGUCCAGAGCAGGUUAGGCCUACGGAUAAUCUUAAGCCUGAAGGCGAAUUCUACAGUCCCGAAAAGCCGAAGUACCGCCCAGGUGAGCGUCCAUCUCAAGUCAGACCAGAGGAUAACCUGAAACCAGAGGGCGAGUUCUACACUCCCGAUAAACCUGGAUAUAGGCCAGCCGAGCGUCCAGAGCAGGUUAGGCCUACGGAUAAUCUGAAGCCUGAAGGCGAUUUCUACACUCCCGAUAAACCUGGAUACAGGCCAGCCGAACGUCCAGAACAGGUUAGGCCUACGGAUAAUCUUAAGCCUGAAGGCGAAUUCUACAGUCCCGAGAAGCCAAAGUACCGCCCAGGUGAGCGUCCAUCUCAAGUCAGACCAGAGGAUAACCUGAAACCAGAGGGCGACUUUUACACUCCGGAUAAACCUGGAUAUAGACCAGCAGAGCGGCCAGUUCAAAAGAGGCCCGUGGAUAAUCUUAAACCUGAGGGCGAGUUUGUUGCGCCAGAAAAGCAAGUAUUCCGGCCAGCUGAGAAAACAGAAAGAAUCAUCCGAAAGGAUAACUUACGUACCGAAGGGGAAAUGACAUUUGUGGAGAAGGAAGAAUAUCAGUAUGUAGUUCGUCCUGAACAGGUUAAGCCGACAGAUAAUCUUAAGCCUGAAGGCGAGUUCUACAGUCCUGAAAAGCCAAAGUACCGCCCAGGUGAGCGUCCAUCCCAGGUCAGACCAGAGGAUAACCUGAAACCAGAGGGCGAGUUCUACACCCCCGAUAAACCUGGAUACAAACCAGCCGAACGUCCAGAGCAGGUUAGGCCUACGGAUAAUCUUAAGCCUGAAGGCGAAUUCUACAGUCCCGAGAAGCCAAAGUACCGCCCAGGUGAGCGUCCAUCUCAAGUCAGACCAGAGGAUAACCUGAAACCAGAGGGCGAGUUCUACACUCCGGAUAAACCUGGAUAUAGACCAGCCGAACGUCCAGAGCAGGUUAGGCCUACGGAUAAUCUUAAGCCUGAAGGCGAAUUCUACAGUCCCGAAAAGCCGAAGUACCGCCCAGGUGAGCGUCCAUCUCAAGUCAGACCAGAGGAUAACCUGAAACCAGAGGGCGAGUUCUACACCCCCGAUAAACCUGGAUAUAGACCAGCCGAGCGUCCAGAGCAGGUUAGGCCUACGGAUAAUCUUAAGCCUGAAGGCGAUUUCUACACUCCCGAUAAACCUGGAUACAGGCCAGCCGAACGUCCUGAGCAGGUUAGGCCCACGGAUAAUCUGAAGCCUGAAGGCGAAUUCUACAGUCCCGAGAAGCCGAAGUACCGCCCAGGUGAGCGUCCAUCUCAAGUCAGACCAGAGGAUAACCUGAAACCAGAGGGCGAGUUCUACACUCCGGAUAAACCUGGAUAUAGACCAGCCGAACGUCCAGAGCAGGUUAGGCCUGCGGAUAAUCUUAAGCCUGAAGGCGAAUUCUACAGUCCCGAAAAGCCAAAGUACCGUCCAGGUGAGCGUCCAUCUCAAGUCAGACCAGAGGAUAACCUGAAACCAGAGGGCGACUUCUACACUCCCGAUAAACCUGGAUACAGACCAGCAGAGCGUCCAGUUCAAAAGAGGCCCGUGGAUAAUCUUAAACCUGAGGGCGAGUUUACUGCGCCAGAAAAGCAAGUAUUCCGGCCAGCUGAGAAAACAGAAAGAAUCAUCCGAAAGGAUAACUUACAUACCGAAGGGGAAAUGACAUUUGUGGAGAAGGAAGAAUAUCAGUAUGUCGUUCGUCCUGAACAGGUUAAGCCGACAGAUAAUCUUAAGCCUGAAGGCGAGUUCUACACUCCCGAUAAACCUGGAUACAGGCCAGCUGAGCGUCCUGAGCAGGUUAGGCCUACGGAUAAUCUUAAGCCUGAAGGCGAAUUCUACAGUCCCGAAAAGCCGAAGUACCGCCCAGGUGAGCGUCCAUCUCAAGUCAGACCAGAAGAUAACCUGAAACCAGAGGGCGAGUUCUACACUCCCGAUAAACCUGGAUAUAGACCAGCCGAGCGUCCAGAGCAGGUUAGGCCUACGGAUAAUCUUAAGCCUGAAGGCGAAUUCUACAGUCCCGAAAAGCCAAAGUACCGCCCAGGUGAGCGUCCAUCUCAAGUCAGACCAGAGGAUAACCUGAAGCCAGAGGGCGAGUUCUACACUCCCGAUAAACCUGGAUACAGACCAGCAGAGCGUCCAGUUCAAAAGAGGCCCGUGGAUAAUCUUAAACCCGAGGGCGAGUUUACUGCGCCAGAAAAGCAAGUGUUCCGGCCAGCUGAGAAAACAGAAAGAAUCAUCCGAAAGGAUAACUUACGUACCGAAGGGGAAAUGACAUUUGUGGAGAAAGAAGAAUAUCAGUAUGUAGUUCGUCCUGAACAGGUUAAGCCGACAGAUAAUCUUAAGCCUGAAGGCGAGUUCUACACUCCCGAUAAACCUGGAUACAGGCCAGCUGAGCGUCCUGAGCAGGUUAGGCCUACAGAUAAUCUUAAGCCUGAAGGCGACUUCUACAGUCCCGAAAAGCCGAAGUACCGCCCAGGUGAGCGUCCAUCUCAAGUCAGACCAGAAGAUAACCUGAAGCCAGAGGGCGAGUUCUACACUCCCGAUAAACCUGGAUAUAGGCCAGCCGAGCGUCCAGAGCAGGUUAGGCCUACGGAUAAUCUGAAGCCUGAAGGCGAUUUCUACACUCCCGACAAACCAGGAUACAGGCCUGCCGAACGUCCAGAGCAGGUUAGGCCUACGGAUAAUCUUAAGCCUGAAGGCGAAUUCUACAGUCCCGAAAAGCCGAAGUACCGCCCAGGUGAGCGUCCAUCUCAAGUAAGACCAGAAGAUAACCUGAAACCAGAGGGCGAGUUCUACACUCCCGAUAAACCUGGAUAUAGACCAGCCGAGCGUCCAGAGCAGGUUAGGCCUACGGAUAAUCUUAAGCCUGAAGGCGAAUUCUACAGUCCCGAAAAGCCAAAGUACCGCCCAGGUGAGCGUCCAUCUCAAGUCAGACCAGAGGAUAACCUGAAACCAGCGGGCGAGCUCUACACUCCCGAUAAACCUGGAUACAGACCAGCAGAGCGUCCAGUUCAAAAGAGGCCCGUGGAUAAUCUUAAACCUGAGGGCGAGUUUACUGCGCCAGAAAAACAAGUGUUCCGGCCAGCUGAGAAAACAGAAAGAAUCAUCCGAAAGGAUAACUUACGUACCGAAGGGGAAAUGACAUUUGUGGAGAAGGAAGAAUAUCAGUAUGUAGUUCGUCCUGAACAGGUAAAGCCUACAGAUAAUCUUAAGCCUGAAGGCGAGUUCUACAGUCCCGAAAAGCCGAAGUACCGCCCAGGUGAGCGUCCAUCUCAAGUCAGACCAGAAGAUAACCUGAAGCCAGAGGGCGAGUUCUACACUCCCGAUAAACCUGGAUAUAGGCCAGCCGAGCGUCCAGAGCAGGUUAGGCCUACGGAUAAUCUGAAGCCUGAAGGCGAUUUCUACACUCCCGACAAACCAGGAUACAGGCCUGCCGAACGUCCAAAGCAGGUUAGGCCUACGGAUAAUCUUAAGCCUGAAGGCGAAUUCUACAGUCCCGAAAAGCCGAAGUACCACCCAGGUGAGCGUCCAUCUCAAGUCAGACCAGAAGAUAACCUGAAACCAGAGGGCGAGUUCUACACUCCCGAUAAACCUGGAUAUAGACCAGCCGAGCGUCCAGAGCAGGUUAGGCCUACGGAUAAUCUUAAGCCUGAAGGCGAAUUCUACAGUCCCGAAAAGCCAAAGUACCGCCCAGGUGAGCGUCCAUCUCAAGUCAGACCAGAGGAUAACCUGAAACCAGAGGGCGAGUUCUACACUCCCGAUAAACCUGGAUACAGACCAGCAGAGCGUCCAGUUCAAAAGAGGCCCGUGGAUAAUCUUAAACCUGAGGGCGAGUUUACUGCGCCAGAAAAGCAAGUGUUCCGGCCAGCUGAGAAAACAGAAAGAAUCAUCCGAAAGGAUAACUUACGUACCGAAGGGGAAAUGACAUUUGUCGAGAAGGAAGAAUAUCAGUAUGUAGUUCGUCCUGAACAGGUUAAGCCGACAGAUAAUCUUAAGCCUGAAGGCGAGUUCUACACUCCCGAUAAACCUGGAUAUAGGCCAGCCGAACGUCCAGAGCAGGUUAGGCCUACGGAUAAUCUCAAGCCUGAAGGCGAAUUCUACAGUCCCGAAAAGCCGAAGUACCGCCCAGGUGAGCGUCCAUCUCAAGUCAGACCAGAAGAUAACCUGAAGCCAGAGGGCGAGUUCUACACUCCCGAUAAACCUGGAUAUAGGCCAGCCGAGCGUCCAGAGCAGGUUAGGCCUACGGAUAAUCUGAAGCCUGAAGGCGAUUUCUACACUCCCGACAAACCAGGAUACAGGCCUGCCGAACGUCCAGAGCAGGUUAGGCCUACGGAUAAUCUUAAGCCUGAAGGCGAAUUCUACAGCCCGGAAAAGCUGAAGUACCGCCCAGGUGAGCGUCCAUCUCAAGUCAGACCAGAAGAUAACCUGAAACCAGAGGGCGAGUUCUACACUCCCGAUAAACCUGGAUAUAGACCAGCCGAGCGUCCAGAGCAGGUUAGGCCCACGGAUAAUCUUAAGCCUGAAGGCGAAUUUUAUAGUCCAGAAAAGCCGAAGUACCGCCCAGGUGAGCGUCCAUCUCAAGUCAGACCAGAAGAUAACCUAAAACCAGAGGGCGAGUUCUACACUCCCGAUAAACCUGGAUAUAGACCAGCAGAGCGUCCACUUCAAAAGAGGCCCGUGGAUAAUCUUAAACCUGAGGGCGAGUUUGCUGCGCCAGAAAAGCAAGUGUUCCGGCCAGCUGAGAAAACAGAAAGAAUCAUCCGAAAGGAUAACUUACGUACCGAAGGGGAAAUGACAUUUGUGGGGAAGGAAGAAUAUCAGUAUGUAGUUCGUCCUGAACAGGUUAAGCCGACAGAUAAUCUUAAGCCUGAAGGCGAGUUCUACACUCCCGAUAAACCUGGAUAUAGACCAGCCGAGCGUCCAGAGCAGGUUAGACCUACGAAUAAUCUUAAGCCUGAAGGCGAAUUCUACAGUCCCGAAAAGCCGAAGUACCGCCCAGGUGAGCGUCCAUCUCAAGUCAGACCAGAAGAUAACCUGAAGCCAGAGGGCCAAUUCUACACUCCCGAUAAACCUGGAUAUAGGCCAGCAGAGCGUCCAGAGCAGGUUAGGCCUACGGAUAAUCUGAAGCCUGAAGGCGAAUUCUACAGUCCCGAGAAGCCGAAGUACCGCCCAGGUGAGCGUCCAUCUCAAGUCAGACCAGAAGAUAACCUGAAACCAGAGGGCGAGUUCUACACUCCCGAUAAACCUGGAUAUAGACCAGCUGAGCGGCCAGUUCAAAAGAGGCCCGUGGACAAUCUUAAGCCUGAGGGCGAGUUUGUUGCGCCAGAAAAGCAAGUGUUCCGGCCAGCUGAGAAAACAGAAAGAAUCAUCCGCAAGGAUAACUUGCGUUCCGAGGGUGAAAUGACGUUUGUCGAAAAGAAAGAGUAUCAAUAUGUUGUUCGUCCUGAGCAGGUGAAGCCGACGGAUAAUCUUAAGCCCGAAGGCGAAUUCUACAGUCCCGAAAAGCCGAAGUUCCGUCCUGGCGAACGUCCAUCUCAAGUCAGACCAGAGGAUAACCUGAAACCAGAGGGCGAAUUCUAUACUCCAGAAAAACCUGGGUAUAGGCCUGUUGAAAGACCUAAGCAGAAGAAACCGCAAGAUAAUUUAAAACCUUUGGAAGGUGUUAUGUACACUCCGGAAAAACCCAAAUACCAGCCAGCAGAUCGACCUGAGCAAAAGAGACAUGUGGAUAACCUAAAGCCUGAGGGUCAAAUGUAUAUUCCAGAAAAAGAAUCAUUUAAACCAGCUGAAAAGGUAAAAACAAUUAUAAGAAAGGACAACUUAAAGACCGAGGGUUCCAUGACGUUCACUAAAAAGGAAGACUAUCGUCACGUCAGAAGACCCGAACAAGUAAAGCCAAGCGAUAACUUAAGGUCUGAAGGAGAAUUCUAUGCGCCCGAGAAAACGACCUUCAAGCCAGCGGAACGGCCAAUUCAAAAGAAACCUAAGGACAACUUGAAAACAGAAGGUGAAUUUUACAAAAGAACUGAUAGAACUGAAACCGAUAGCACAACGCUAAUAGAGAACGCUAAGAGAGAGCCUGCGAAGCGACCGGUAGAUAAUUUAAAAUUAGAAGGUACCAUGACAGUGACUAGAAAAGAUGAUUACAAAUCAACCACCAACAAAACCGCCGUCGACAGAGUUCAGCGUACACAGAAAUACAAGCACAACACUUCAUCCUUCAGCUUGGGUAGUGAUACCACAAUUCUAAAGACAACGAACCAGAUGAACUUUGUAUCCGGCAAGGAUGCAAUAAAGCAAGUGGAUUCCAACAGCCAAGCCCCAGUAGAUGGCCUGAUUAUUGUUUCAACGAAAAAGGUCACAACUGUUGUCGGUGGCCGAUCCAAAAAGGAGCCAGAAACCGAAUAUGUGAAGCGACCAGCUAAAAUAAAUGUUAUUGAGAAUGUGUCCAAAAAUACGACCACAACAAAUAUCGAAAACACACAAAACGUACACAAGGAAACAACGUCGAUGCAAAGAAAUCUCAAUGUGGUGGAGAAAACUGCACUCAAAACAGAGCAAAUCCGUGGCUCAACGGAUGACAGCAGUGCUCUCCAGACCUCUACAACCACAAGACGAACCAACCAAGGUGGCACGUCGACCAACAACGUGACCGAAACUGGAGGCACAACACAUCAUAUAGUUUCAUCAGGCAGAACAGAUACCAACAACUUGACAACAUCUGGAGGGUCAACAGCUCACACAGUCUCGGGCAGGACAGUUACCAGGAACGUGACCGAAACUGGAGGAUCUACAGCUCAUAUAGUCUCAGGCAGGCUAGUUACCAAGAAUGCAACUGAAACUGGAGGAUCAACAUCCCAUAUAGUCUCAGGCAACACAGCUACCAAUAAUGUCAGCAACGGAUCCACGUCUCAUGUGGUCGGUGGCAGCAGCUCGGUGACCAACAACACAAGCAGCAGUUCAACCUCCCAGGUGAGCUCUUCGAAGCAUUUCCAUCACAGGAAGAGCGAGUUUUCCUCGGAGGCCGAUGUGUCCAACUCGGUAUUCCAUCGCAAGAACGUGACAACCGACUCGAGUGCGGUAAACGGCAGUCUAACCUCUAACGGCAAAAUGCAGCGCAAGAGUAUCCUGAACCUACACGAGCAGGUUCCGAGCAGUAAUGCCCAUUCGAGUGAUCGCCAGAGCUAUAGUAGCAUCCAUCGUCAGAAUCGAGAAUCGGAUUUGAAUACUGGCUACGCCACGGAUCGUCGCAGUUGCAGCAUACACAAGGAGAAUAAGGAACAUCAAGUGAAAACCUCCUCGUCUUCCUCAUCCAUGUCGCGCAUUAUAUCGGGUGCUGAUACGAACAGAUCGAACUUGGAGAGAUCGACGAUCACACGCACAUAUGCAUCGGGCGGCAUUGAUUUCCCAUCCCAAUCUCAGAGUGAGCGUCAUGUAACACGUCAUCGCGGCGGUGGUAGCCAGCAUUUGUCCAGUGGCAUCGAUUUUGCAUCCUCCUCAUCCCCCUAUAAUGCCCAUGGUCAGAGCGAACGGAUUGUGACCUCACGUCGUGGCAAUCAAUCCUCGAUUAGUCUGGGCAACGACAAGUUUACCGGCUCCAGUCUCUACAAGAGCGAAUAUAUAACUGCCCCAACAACAACCUGUGCUGUGCAUAAGAUUAAACAAGGUGCAUUCCAACAUACCAGAAGUACUCACGAUCAUAAAUUUUAUAAAACCUCUAACUGAAUAAUACAUGAAAUCGUCUGUACGUAUCGUUUGUCUUGUCUUGUCUUCAUAACAUAUCACACAUAGCGCCUAAGUUUCCAUGACAAUAUUUUUUUAUACAAUAUCUAACUACCUGAAAACGAAAAACAAAAUAUUCAAAUUUAAGAUUAACAAAUAAAGAGCAUAUCAUUUUUUCCAAAAAAAA